AUGGUCCGCUUUUCGCCUUGCGUUGUUGCCAGUUCCCUCUUCGUGGCCGUAUUUGGUGCCGAGUGUAACCAGACGCGAAUGCUACAGUUUGCCCACGGUCUGGUCGACGCACAGAACAAUGGAUCCCUCGGCAACUUGGAAGGCGCAAACCCUCACAAUCUCACCUACAUAGAGAACAACAGAACGAGGGAGAUCACCACCGGCGUUCUCGGCAAGAGGUUGCACGUAGACCACAACCGUACCAUCACGGACCUCAUAGAGUGUGCUACGUAUACAGAAAUGAUCAUGACCGAUCGUGCGUCUCCCCACGUCGUGGGAACACAGGUUCGCCACGACCCGGACAACGACAUGCUCGUCUACCUGGUCGACUCGGUCGUCUCCACGACGGGGUCUUGGCUCUUCAACGCCAGCAAAACGCUCGAGUGGGUCCUGAAGGAGGACUGGGGCAUGAUACCGGUCGGCGAGCGGGACAGCCGCGAGGCUCUCAAAAACGCCGCGGACGCCUACCUGGACAUGUGGAGCAACAAGAGCGCGAUCGAUGCCGUGCCCUGGGGCACGCCCUGUGCCCGGCUCGAGGGCUCCGCGUACACCGGCAACGGGUCCCCUACCGACAGCUGCAAGCCCGGGAUACCGACUAACAACGCGCAGGCGCCAAACAUCAACAGGCGCUACGUUAUCGAUGAGUCGUUUGGUUCGGUUGAUGUGAUCAAUAUCUUCCAGCACUUGAGCAACGCUCCGGACAGUCAUGAGUUUCGCAUGGUCAAGGGAAAGCUUCGGUAUAUACACACCAUGACGAUCGCAUCGAGUGGAUGA